CAAGGGGAAUCUAUGUGCAAUUAUCUCUGCCGUUGAUUCGUGUUUAGUGAUAUCGACGCAGGAACUGCGGAUAAUAAUAGUGUGAGAAGUAUUUGCUGAGGAAAAAUGGCUACUGAUAACGAAAAAAGAAAGCUUGUAGAUCUGCGUGUAGUAGAUUUACGUUGUGAACUGGAAAAACGUGGGUUGGACAAGACCGGCGUGAAGUCGGUCCUGAUUCAGAGAUUGCAGAAGGUCCUAAAAGAGGAAGGACAUGAUCCAGAGGAAUAUACCUUUGAGUCAGAAAAGAAGACGCCUAAGAAGACUUCUAAACGUGGUGAACAAGAUGCUGAAUCUCAGGAUGGAAACAGUGCUGAUUUGGAUGAUGAUGUAAAAGAUAAAGAUGAAGAGGACGAUGAUGAAGAAGAUGGAGAUGCAGAUGCUCAAGAAACAGAAAGUGCAGAGAAGGAAGUUACAAACACAUCAUCAAAAGGAGAACCAUCUGUGACUGAUAAUACAGAAAGUGCAGGAGAGGGAAAUGGCAAAGAGACAGAAUUAGAAGAAAAACCCAAUGGAAAAGCGAAUGGUGAGACUAAGGAAGCAGUCACCGUACAAUCUGGAGGAGGAGUGAGAGGAGGAGGGGGAGAAGAAGAAGACAAAACAAAACCAUGUAAAUUGGCAGAAAAGGAACCUGAGGUGAAUGUUUCGCAGCAUUCUGAACAUGAAAAGCAGGUGCCUGAAGCUAACUCGGCUGAUAAUGAAGAUUCAAUAAAUCUGACGAUAGGAGAAGAUGAAGAGAAGCUUUUGGCUGAAGAGGAGGACAGCACCCAUGAAAAGGAUUCAAAAGAGGCUACCACAGCCUACAAUCGUGAAAAUGCUUCUGCAGUAGAAGAGAGGAAAUUGGAAUCCCAUAAUGAAGAGUCUAAAAAGCCUGUUACAGCUGAGGAAAAGAAGAAAUCUGAUGUUGAACAAAAGAAAGAGAAAGCAGAGAAACUUAAAAGCAGUGCCACCACCGGGAGUGAUCAGAAGCAAACUAAAGAUGACAAAGAAAGGAAAAAGGGGACUCCUGGUACUAGCACUACCAGAAAUUUAUGGGUUAGUGGUUUAUCAUCGUCAACAAGGGCAACAGACCUGAAGCAUGUAUUUGCUAAGUACGGAAAAGUGGUAGGUGCAAAGGUUGUAACAAAUGCUAAGACUCCUGGAGCUCGAUGCUAUGGCUAUGUUACAAUGGCAACCAGCGACGAUGCUACAAAAUGUAUUCAGCAUUUACACAGAACUGAGUUACAUGGGAGAAUGAUAUCAAUUGAACGGGCAAAUGCAGAUGCUGGAGGCCCCCCUAAGAAAACUGAUGCAAAAGUCCCUGUAACACCUAAAAAGUUGGAUGAGAAAAAGAAGCAAGAAAGGAAAGAGGGAGAUAAGAAGUUGGCAGAUACUUUAAGCAAAGAUACUAAAAAAGAAGCAGAGGAUGGCCAAGAGAAGAAAGCGGAGGAAGGUGCCGACGACGAAGAGAACGAGAAUGUUGUGAAGGCAGCAGACAGCAGUGAGCGGAAUGGGCGACCCGAGAAGCUGCGCAGCCGUCAGGUGUCGCGGGAACGGCGCGGCUUAUCAGGAGGACGCAGCGAGUUUCCAAAGCAGUGGCGGGAGCGACAUCGCAGUGCUGGUAGCAGCCAUCACUCGACCCAUCUGUCCAGUCGCGGUCGUCUGCACAGUCGCAGCCCUCUGCACAGUCGCAGCCCUCGUCAUCGUUCGUAUCGGCGUGCGUCACCAGUCCACAAGCCUGGAGUUCUCACCUUCACUCAGAUCCGGGAGGAACGUGAGAGACAGAGGUUGCGGGAACGGGAACGAGAACUGCGAGAGGAAGAACGUCGCCGAACUGAAGAAGCUGCACGGCAGCGUGAGAUAGAGAGGCAACAACGGGAGUUGGCAAUAAAGCUUGAAAGGGAGAAGGAGAAGUUGCGUUUGGAAUGGGAGCGCGUGGAACGGGAACGUGCUGAAGUACUGCGCUUAGAAAGAGAACGUCAGCGUCGUGAACGUGAGAAUUUGGAAAGAGAACGGGAGGAGUUACUAAGACAGCAAAUAAGAUUAGAAGAAGCAAGACGCAGUGCUAAACGUCCAGCAGAUGAUCGGAGGGAUGCAUAUCCAGAUGAAAGAAAGAGAGUUGCUACUGAACGUCACUUUGACACUCCAUCUGGACGCUAUGAAGAUACUUCAAGGUUUGAAAGACCUGCAAACUACAGAAUACGUGAGGAUCGCCGCCCAGAAUCAGAUCGGCCAAAAGCAGAUGUGCGCCAUAAUGUGCGUGAACGUUAUUCUGAAUCAGGGAAACAUACGAGAUAUGCAGAUCGCUCAGGCGAUAUGUGGCAUUCUGGUACCAGUACACCUACUGUAAAGCAGUUACUUCCAAUGGAUGGAGGAAGUGGCAUGCAUGGGCGGGACACAUGGCAAGGAUCUGGUGAUAGAAAGGGAGAUGCUGGACCGUCAUGGCGUACUGUGGAUAUGCCUAGAUCGGAGAGGUGGGUGAGUGGCAGCAGUGGCACUACAGGUGUCGUAGCACGAGGCUCAAGUCUAAGUGUACCAGCAUCAUUAUAUGACCAGCAAGGUGUUUCACAAGCAGCAGCUUCAUCUGUGGCCAUGAGCAGUGGAGGCCCUUAUGGCAGCAGUGAGCGUUUCGAUACCUACAAGCAGUCAAUGGGAUCUAUGCGUAAAUAUUAAGUGUAUGACAAGAUUUGGACAUUAAUAUUAUUCUAAGUCAAGUGUUAAAAAUUGAGUUCUGAAUAUGUGGUGGAAAACCACUGAAGAGGUUUCAGUGUAGCUUCUGUAAAAAUGACAGACCCACUUACUUGUAGGGGAAGUAUAAUGCUUUACACAUUCCUUUUAGCAUUUUUUUAGUUCAGGAUAAAUUCUGGAAAGGUUGUUUAAAAAAAAUUUCAUACACUUUGCUGUGAAGCAUAUUUAUAUAUGUCCUGUAUACAGUCACUACUUUCCAGUUACAUAUUUCUCCCCAGUUGUUUAUGGGGCAAAGUCAUUACACACAUCACUUGUAUUUGACAAUUAGUGCAAAAACUAAUGCUGUAAUGUUUGUGUCAUAACAAUGGUUGUUAUGUUCAAAACACUUUUGUAAAAUUCCUGAACUGUUUUAAUAUAUUUUGUAAUCCUGAAUAAAAGUGUGUAAACAAACUUCAAGUGAG